UGGUGGAAGCGCAAGUUGCGCUAUUUCAAGAGCGUCGAACUCGAGAAUAAGGGGAGUGUUGCGCGGGACCAUUUGGCGUUGGAACGGACGUUCCUCGCCUGGCUUCGGACGUCGCUAGCGUUUGCCUCGAUCGGUAUCGCCAUCACGCAGCUCUUCCGUCUCAACACGUCGCUGGCCGAAGACACCAAGCAGGCCGAGAGGCUACGGCACCUGGGCAAGCCUCUCGGGACGGCCUUCCUGGCCGUCAGCAUCCUCAUCUUGCUGCUGGGUUAUAACAGGUACUUGCAGGGGCAGUACUGGGUAAUCCAGGGAAAAUUCCCCGCCAGCAGGGGAACGGUCAUGCUCGUGGCGUUGAUAGCGUUCACUGUCACGGUGGCGUCGCUGAUAGUCGUUCUAACGGUGCAGAAUACUCCGAAGUAA